ACCUGUAGCGGAUUGUAAUCCUUUUUUUUUUCUUUUUUUUAAUGUUGGCUGGACAUGCAGCGGCUCUUUGUGUCGUGGUUGUUAAGUGCACAUGCAGUCUGUUGCGAAGAGGUUUCUUGUGCUAAUAACCUUCAGUAGCGGCUUGCUCAACGCGUCUCUGCCCUCACUGUAAACACCCUCUAGCUUUCCCGGUGAGAAGGCAGGAGCGACUGGCCGUCCCGCGGCUCCAAGAAGGCAGUGAGGCAUCAAGGAGACCGCCAAGAAAAUACAGGAUGUGGGUGCUGGGGCUCCUGCUCGCUGUCCUCCUCCUGAUGAAAGGACAGGAGUCCUGGGGGGCGUGUGUGGAGGUGGACUCGGACACGGAGGCUGUGGCCACUGAGAACUUCAAGCUGGGCUGCAUCUGCUGCAAGAGGAGGGCGGAGGUCCCCGCCACUGCCUCUGUGGAUUGGUACUACAUGAAAGUCCCCAACACCAGCUUCGUCCAGAUCUACAGCUACAAGGACAAGGACAAGGACAUCACCAUGGACCCGCAGUUCCACAAACGCUUGACGUGGAAGGGCAGCGAGAAUAGCACUGACCUGCAGGACGGCUCCAUCCUCCUCCACAACGUGACCACUAACGACACGGGGCUCUACCGCUGCGAGAUCACCCGGAACCUCACCAUCGACAAAUUCUCCCGCAUCCCCACCUACAGCCAGAAGAACUUCACCCUCACGGUGGUGGAAAAACCGACCAGGCCUGAUGCCUCCAUUAUAUCGGAGGUGAUGAUGUACGUCUCCAUCAUCGGUCUACAGCUGUGGCUCCUUGUAGAGAUGAUCUACUGCUACGGGAAGAUCUCCGCCGCCGGGGUGGCGCAGAGGGAGAGCAUGGCUGAGUACAUCGCUACUUCUCCAACUGAAAAGAACUCGGAAGACCUUCUGGUGGACGAAUAGAUCUACUCAAGAUUGCACUUGGGACCCUGUGCCUGGAGCGACCGACGGACCCCUGCAGCUAAAGAUGAGAGUUUAAAGGUCAAGGUUUAGGUUGGAGGUUAAAGUUUGUAAGUAUUAAAGCGAUAGUUCAAGUGCUGUCGUAAAAAAAGUAAACGCAAUUGCCGCAACUUUGUUUAACACAACCAAAGUAAAGUGCAGUUUGCAAAACCCAAUCUAAUUACCAUAUAACUAAUUAGACUUUGAAAUAUCACCUCGAUUGGCUAACUGGAUGGCUAGACAUUACAUGCUUCAGUCUUAAACAGCCAGUGAGCCACUUUAUCAGAUGGAUUUAACAUGUGAUUUUGUGAACUCUCAGCCCAUUUUAGGAUGACGAUCAUAAGACAAAUUACAUCCUUUAAAAUGGUGGUUUUUGGAUCACUGGCUUUACAUAAAUCACAGCAUUUAUAUAUACAUACAUACAUACACGCACACACACACAGGGUUGUAAAUAAACCUAAUUAUGCAAACAUAAUCUUAAUUUAAAAGGCAAUUGAAUAAUGGCAACACUUUGUAUUGCUCUUAAGUUGACCAAACUUUUGAUUGGGGUAUAUAUAUCUAAAUGUAUAAAUAAUACGUAUAGAUUUAUUUACUUUUUAACCCUCAUUUAUAGGCUGAAUGUUCAGAACUCUUCCAUGUUCCAUUUUAUCGCUACACCGAUUUUGUUCAUGUCAAUCUAAGGGCAAGGAUUACACUGCCAUGGUAAAAUGUUACACUAAACAUUUAAACUAUACGAAUCCUCAAUGUUCGCCCUCUAAUAAACAGGGUUUUGCUGCAUUGUUGAUGUUGUAACAUGGUUUAAAUUGCAUGAUUAGAUAUUAAUGUAUAUAAUUGUAUGAAACCUUUAAAGUAUUAUAUCCAAUUACUCCUCAUGCUCCUUUCCCUAUAAGGUGUAUUGAAAUAUUGGAGCCUAAAAUACAUUAAAACCUUUUUAUUAGAAAGCCA